AUGCCUGCAGAUCCACGUGGUUUCGAGACGGAUCGCAAAAAGCACGAGGAACUCAACAUUGUCAUCCACAAAGAUCUCCUCUGCGACAACUCCCCUUUCUUUGCAGCGAGCCUGAAGGAAGACUGGAAAGAAGGCCAGGAAGGGAAAGUGCCUCUACCCGACGAUGACUACGACACGGUGGAGCUGUACCGACAGUGGCUGUACAGAGACAAACUCGCCGUCCGUAGGCCUGCACAGGAAUCAGGAACAGAUGGUGUUGAGUUCCGUAACUUGGUCGAUGCGUUUAUCUUCGGAGACAAGGUACAGGAUGGCAAUUUCCAGGACGCUACCAUUGACGCCUUAAUCGCAGCUACGAACACGCCUGAUCUGAACAACAAGACCUAUUAUCCUGCGAGCACCACAGUGGACCAUGCUUUCAAACACACGCUCGAAGACUCCCCGCUGAGGAGGUUGCUUGUUGACAUGUAUGCCUACCACGGCUCUCAAGAGUGGCCAAGAGGCCAGAACAUCGAGUUUCUACAGCAGCUCGUGAAAGAGAUGUUCAAAGUUCGUCCGAAUAGAUUCGGUGCCAAUCAGACAUCGCAAUCUGCAAACAGCUGCUCAUAUCAUCAUCAUGAGAAAGACAGUGCUUGCUACGGCUCUGGAUGA